AAUGAAAAGCCACUAAUGUGUGCAGACUGGCUUAGAAGGAGUUUACCAAGGUUCCCCAGCCAUUCUUGUAUGGAGAAGUUACCUAAAGUGUAGUAGGCUGUUGCACUAAACUGUAUUCAUUUGUUAGUGCAUUGAGUAAAUGGGGGUCUACUACAUGUACCGAUAGUUGUGUCAAAGAUAGUUUAGCAACUCCAUAAUUAAAAUUGCUCUUCUGUCUAGAGUUCUGCUGUGUGUUUUGUACUUCACCAGAUUGGAUUCACAUUAUAAACAACACAAACUGUGAAGCUUUUAAGCUCACUUGUUUGGAAAAAAAAUGAAGCUGUGAAGACUGUGAUGCAAUGAUUUAUGCACGCGAUCUGAUGGAAUGGAUUCGGUGAUUGAAAUUUCAGGUUUCUGAAUGUUAGGAAUGCCUUCGCUUCUACUGCUACUACAGAUGAAAUAAGUACCUUAUGAAACGCGCAUUCAUAGAUACUAUGUAUAUGUACAGUUUGUUUUUGCUGAGAUGCAUGAAGAUUUCAUUCUGGGAAUUUCCGCUCUGAAGUGUUUCCAUGGGUAACUCUCUUGAUAAGAAGGUUGGCAAGAAACAACGCAAGCGGCCAAUGCGUUCUACAUCGUUAUCGGAUAACGAGGAGCAGUACUGGGAAGAUGAACACGCAGAUGACGAAGAUAAGGCCAGUAAAAGUGGCUCAGCUGCUGGUGGUAGCCAGAACGGCCAUCAGAAUGGCCGGUCACAGGAAGGAAUCCCAGAGGAGAAGCGUGCCUACACAAUUGUUGAGCUGGAAAAAAGACCAGGAGUUGGGUUUGGACUUACAGUAUCAGGUGGAAUAGACAAGGACGGCCGGCCCCGGGCCACCAACAUGCGGGCAGGGGGCGUGGCCCAGCGCAGCGAUCUCUUGCAGAUUGGCGACCUGAUCACGGCCGUCAACGGCAUCAAAACGGCCAAGCUGCGACACGAGGACGUCAUCAAUCAGCUCAAGAAUGCCGGGGACCGUGUCUCGCUGGAGAUCGAGUACGAGAUACCGCCUGCAGUGCAAGACAAUGGCAUCACGGUUACGUCCAAGAACAUGGAGAUCCGAUUGGCUAAGGAGGAAGGCAGCUUUGGGUUUGUUGUCAGGGGCGGAAUGAACGCCAAUCCCAGCAAGACACGCCCACUCACCAUCACUCACAUCAGGUCUGGCGGAUCAGCAGACAGGGAUGGGACCUUGAAGGUUGGCGACCGUAUCCUGUCCGUUGACGGCAUCCACUUGUCCAGCUUGAGUCACAUGGAGGCGCUCAAUGCUAUCAAACAGAGCAGCAUGGACGCUACGUUCCGCGUGGAGUACGACGUCUCCAUCAUGGAGGCAGUGAGGAAUGCGACGGGUCCGUUACUAGUCGAGGUGGCCAAGACCCCCGGAGCCAACCUAGGGGUGACCCUGAGUGCCUUAACAAAGGGCACCAAGUCAAUCGUAGUUAUCGAUGCCGUUAAGCCGGCCAGCAUUGCAGAUAGAUGUGGAGCCCUGCACGUCGGUGAUGAGAUCAUGACCAUUGAUGGCACCAGCACGUCCCACAUGUCGGUCCCCGAGGCCACGCAACUACUGGCGACACACUCCGAACAAAUCAAACUGGAGAUCCUCCCAGUCAGUCACAUGACACCUAGACUGACGUAUCCACGGGAACAACGGGGGCAGAACGUCGGCAACAUGUCUCGGUCCAUCACGCCAGUCAGCCACCUGAACAACUCCAGCUACAACAGUCUGAGUAGAUCCCAGGCAAUGCUCCAUGGCAACAGCCGCCAGCAGGCCACAACGCUCAACAGGAAACUGAGAGCCAAGAAUCUCAAGGCAUCGUCUACAUUAUCCCUCACCUCGACGAUCAACGGAAUGGGAAUGACGGCCCAAGUCUGUCGCUCGGACACCACGGAGGUAACGUUGUACUCGCGCUGCUGCGAUUUUGGCUUCAGCAUCCAGGGCGGCGUGUUCACCACGGAAAUACUAGGCUCACCGGCCGUCAUUGGCUUCAUCGAGCCAGGAGGGAAAGCAGACAGGUGUGGCAUAAUGCAAGUUGGUGAUAGGAUCAUGACCAUCAACAAUAAGUACACGGAUGAGGUUACUCUAGAAGAAGCCAAUCAGAUGUUGAGAGAGAGCGGCCAGCAGUGCACGUUACUUAUAGAAUUUGACGUUGCAGAAUCUGUUGUUCCAAGUAGCGGUGUAUUUAGUGUCAAACUCCCUAUUGCGGACCAAGGGUUAGGCCUGACUUUGAGUGCACCCAAGAAUCGUAAGCCAGGUGACGCCUUACUGAUAUCGGACAUUAAGAAAGGAAGCGUUGCCCACAGGACCGGUACCCUGGAGCCUGGUGACCAUCUGCUGGCUAUUGAUGAUAUCCACUUGGAGACUUUCUCGGUUGAGGAGGCGGCCCACAUCCUGAGACAAACCGACGACAUUGUCAAACUCAGAGUCAAGAAAGACGAAACAUUUUCAGAAGAUCCGGACAUCAGUGGUGCAAUAUCUUUCACUGUGGAGUUGAUACGUCAUGGUGGGCCUCUAGGCAUCACCAUCUCAGGGACAGAGGAAUCGUUUGAUCCCAUCGUCAUCUCGGCUCUGACUGAAGGAGGACUGGCUGAAAGGACAGGGGCAUUGCACAUAGGAGACCGAAUCCUGGCCAUCAGCGGAACCAGUCUAAGAGGCAAGACCCUGUCAGCUGCCAUACGACUCUUGCAGAACGCCGGUAACAUUGUCACACUGAAGAUCAGCAAACAGGAUAAGAAGCCGAGUCCGGUGCCAGACAAGGCGAUCAUGCAGAGCAAGGAUGCCAUAGUGAUGCAAGCGCACACGCUGCAUCACUUCCAUCCUGUCGUAUCAAGUAACAACCCCACGGCCCACAGUACGCCCAUCGGUGCAACCACACAGGGUUCGGCAGAUUCUUGGGAAGGUUCAGGAUUGGACACCGGUUACCACAGCACCCAUGUGCACCACUCUCGCUCCAACUCACGCUCCAACUCACGCUCCAACUCCCCAACCAUCCGCCGGGCUUACCCCUCCCCGGCCCGCCGGCCCUCCCGCACACGCAGGAUGCGUUCCUCCUCCCAAUCUACAUCACCAAAUGACGCUAGUGAGGACGAGCUUGAAGAACGCUACGGAAUGUCACGCAGCCGUUCUGGUGCCAAUAGCGACCCCAUGAGCUCAGACCAGGAAGACGGCUACCGGUACAACCACCUCACCAAGCCACCCUCAAGGAAAUCCUCCCUCACCCGAAACCAUGACUACCUCCGGAACAUUGACUCCGGCAUCAUGGCCAACGGGGUCAGCCCCGAAUCCAACCUGAUCAGCCCCCCGACCAGUUACCCCCACAGCACCAUCACCGGUUACCCGGACACGGCUACCAGUUACCCGCAGAGUCCCGAGUCCUCGCGCAGUCUGACCAAUCACUACAACUCGUACACCAUGCCCGCGGGAAUGAGAACAAUGGACGGGUAUCACAUGACUGCCAUGGAAGCUGAAAUUAACGAACUUCUUGCCGCGCCCGCAGCUCCGACGGAGGUACAACGGGUGACCUUGUAUAAGGACAGCGAUGUGGAAGACUUUGGGUUCAGCGUCUCGGAUGGUGUGUAUGAACCGGGAGUGUUUGUCAAUACUGUCAGGCCUGGGGGUCCAGCUGCUAGAACUGGCAACGUCAAACCUUUUGACAGAGUCCUGCAGAUCAAUCAAACCAGAACUCGAGAUUUUGACUGCUGCAUGGUGGUGCCGCUGAUAGCAGAGUCAGGGAACCAGAUGGAAUUAUCGCUCAGUCGAUCCCAGUCCUCCAACGUCAACCUCCACCUGAACCAACGACCCCCGGCAGGCACCGAGCCACACUGGCAGGGGUCUGUGGAUGGUUCCAGGCAAGGCAGUCAUGAGAGCUCCUUGCAGCAUACCAUGUAGGGAAGAAAAGAAAGAGCCCAUUGCAAACUGGUGUGCCAGAGUCAUGCAAAACCAGAGGCAGAUUUCUCAAAAUUGGUGAGAAAAUUGGUAUAUUUGGGACCAACUUUGUUGAAUAUUUUUCUCCUGUAAAGACCCUUAAAGGAAAACAAAAUUGCUUUGGUUUUUCUAUACGGAGAUGAACCUUUUUCGAUUUUAAUCGGAAAUCCGACUUUUUGAAUUUUCCAACGAAAUUUCCGAUUUUCUUACAAUGUGUCCCACAAAGUUUGAUUUUGUAAGGAUUUGUCCACAAAAUGUCAUUGAUUUCAAUCAUAAUUUCGAAGAAAAGUCGAUGGAAAUGGCACGUUAAAAUCAUCGAGAACGUAGUUAUUGGAGUGUUUCAACGGUAGAAACACAGGCCAUAACACUGAUCGGAGCCUUUUCCGGCUGGUCAAAAGGUUAAACAUUGACAUGUGACAUGGAAAAAUCACUGUGUCGCACGGUAAUACAGUGUGAUGCGUGUACGUACAGCUGCACAUGAUCAUAUGCAAUGGUACCAUACCAGCGUACAUACCGCACCGUCCGUCGUGGACUUUUUCCUCGAUUUUCUCAAGUAAGAAUGAACUUCUUUGUUGAUGACUCCAUUACUCUAACUGUAAUUCAGGCAAUUUAUGCAAUGAAAACACUGACCAUUUUUUUUUUCAUCA